AUGGCAUCGUCGUCAUCAUCAUCAGCUUCUCCUUAUGCUCCUGCUCUUUCUUCAAAGUGGUGGAAGUACGAUGUUUUUCUAAGCUUCAGAGGAGAAGAUACUCGAAAUACUUUUGUGGGCCAUCUCUACUCUGCUCUUGAACAAGAAGAGAAGCGUUUGCUAAAUACGAGCUGGAGAAUAAAACCGAGGUUGAAUCUUGGAGAAAAGCACUCAUGGAUGCAAGUAACAUUUCUGGAUGGGAACCCAAGCACAUUGCCAAUGGGCAUGAAGCAAAAGAACCUGGUCGGAAUGGCAGCUCGCUUGCAAGGUUUGAAAUUGGAGUUAAAAAUUGGGUCAGGUGGUGUUCGAAUGGUUGGAAUAUGGGGUGUUGGGGGUGGUGAAAAUAUUCGAGAGGAAUCAGGCAGGUAUGGUUUGGGAAAACUGAAAGACAAAAUUCUUUCAGAAUUGGGAGUAAACAGAGGUGGGGGAGGAAGAUCCUUGAUAAAUUAUAGGUUUCUUCAUAGAAAGGUCCUGAUUGUUCUAGAUGAUGUCGAUCAACCUGAUCAACUAAAAGCGUUAGCUGGAUCAUGUGAUUGGUUUGGUGAAGGAAGCCGCAUAAUAAUCACAACUAGAGAUGAACAUGUGUUAACUGCUCACAAAGUAGAUGUGAUACACAAUAUUAGCUUGUUAAACAAUGAUGAGGCUAUGAAGCUCUUUUGCAAGCAUUCUCUUUGGGAUAACAGAGCUAUGGAAGAUUAUGAGCAUCUUGCAAAAGAGGUGGUCUCUUAUGCUGGUGGGCUCCCAUUAGCACUUACAGUUCUCAGUUCUUUUCUGUGUGACAAAGACAUUAAUGAGUGGAAGAGUGCAUUAGUGAGACUGAAAGAGAUCCCGGAUACUGAUAUCGUGGAAAAGCUAAAAAUCAGCUUUGAUGGGCUUAAACCAGUUGAGAAAGACUUGUUCUUGGAUAUUGCAUGUUUUUUUAGGUGGGAAUACAAAGAUGAGGCAAUGAAGAUCCUUGAUGCCUGUGGUUUUCAUCCGGUUAUAGGAGUGAAGGUGUUGAUACAAAAGGCUCUUAUAACCAUUUCAAAUGGAAAGUUUGAUAUGCACGAUCUGGUUCAAGAAAUGGGACACUACAUUGUUAGAGGGGAGCACCCUAACAAUCCUGAAAAACAUAGUAGAGUUUGGAAGAAGGAAUAUGUUCUAAGUAUAUGUGCUAUGGAUGGAAUGGUGAAGCUUGACAAUACUGGAGCAAUAAAUUUUCGGCAUGUUGCACUUGACAAAUCACAAUCUUUUCUUCAGGCUGUUGCAAACAUGAAUAAGCUUCGGUGGAUUGAUUUGUACGUUGAUCAGAUCAAUGAGAUUACACGUCCAUUGCCAGAACAUUUUGUAAUGAGUCAUGACCUCGGGGAAAAUUUUCCACCAAGAGAAUUGUGUUGUCUAAGAUUGGCUAAUCUCAUGCAAAAACAGCUUUGGGAGGGUUAUAAGCUUCUGCCAAAUUUGAAAAUCAUGGAACUUUAUAGGUUGCUUAACCUGAGAAUGACACCUGAUUUUUCUGGACUUCCAAAUCUUGAAAGAUUCAACCUUACGUUGUGUUGGUAUUUAGAAGAGAUUCAUCCAUCAUUGGAUGCUCGGAAAGGCUCGUUGUCCUAUCUAUAUCAAGUUGUCCUGCUGUCAGAUUUGCCAUCAAGUAUAGCUGUUGUUAUAGCGGAUGAAUGUUGGUCACUUGAAAGCUUUGGAGACAUUUCAAACUGUAAAUGGUUGUGGAAAGUCUCACUUAAGGGGAACAACAAAGUAGGUCCACUUUUUGGUGACAUAUUAUUACACUCCAUGCUCCAGGGAAAUGCUAUUGAAGAUCACUUUGUCAGUUUUACUCUUCCAUAUCAGAUUCCAAAGAGGUUUGUAGGUAGGUUGUUUAGGGGGAAAACAUUUACAAUGCAUCUUCCAAAGGAUUGGUACAAUGACUUUUGUGGGUUCCUAAUAUGCUCUGUUCACGGUAUGUACCAUCCGUGUAUUGAUAUAAGCAUCAAGCAGGAGCCUAAAUAUGAUGGAAGAACGAUGGAAAACCGAUGUGAGCUUUGGCUCGAAUCUAAUGAAGUACUGGAGCCUUCAUAUGAUGGAAAAACGACAUUCAUAGGAUAUGUUUCCUUUGGUUAA